CUCUUCUCUUCCUCAUUAAAUCACACUUACAGGCUGCAUCCGGACAUGGUAUAAUAUGAAACAAACUCGGCUGUGGCUGUUCGUCUCUUGCAUCUCCAAGCUAAUCAACGUUUAGCAUUUAACUCCAAAAGGUUACCUUAUAAAUAAAGUUAGUUGUUGUUACUUUCUAUUGGCUGCGUAGAAGAAGAGGCAUGGAUCCAGGUGACCCCGGGUCCAGAGCUGGGAGGACUUUCUGGACUUUUUGGUUCUCAUCUGAAGCCUGGUGACGUAACUUGCCUGUCUCCAAAGAAAUAGUCAAGCCAUACUGUGGAACAUUUCAAGCAAAGCAAUAAAAUGGAGACAAGCAGGCAGCAUGCCCUCCACCUUAAAAAACUACAUAACAGACCUUGUGGGCAGAUUUCUCCGACCAGAACCUCAUGGCACUGAAAUAAAUGACACAGACAAAACCAACUCAACACCAGUCAACGAUGAGCCAUUGGAAAGUUGUCAUAAAAAACGCAUGACCACUGAAGAGGGGGAAGAUGUGCAUGUUGUUCUCGCAUCCUCUGCUGGCUCUACAAGGCCUGUUAUUUUGUGGGACACCGGAUCAGAACUUCAACCAGAAAUGAGGCAGAAUGUCCUACAAGAGCAUGAGAAAAUAAAGAGAGAGAAUGAUGAUGGUAAAAGACAGGAAGAGAUAGAAACUGGAAUCGAUGCUGCAUCUGCCCUGCUCAUUACUACAACAAUUGAUAACGCUGAACAAAGCAGUGAUAUAACAAAAAAUGGUGAAGAAUUGAUGCCAAAGAUGCUUGUUGAUUGUAAGGAUGAAAUGAUCGAUAAGGUAUGUUCAGAGGCUGACAAACCACAAAGUAAAGAGCAACUGAAUGAAAUUUUGAAAGGUUUUAAUAAACAAAACACUUAUUCAGAAAUUACCAGCAAAUUAGACACAAUAACUGCUGAACAAAAGCAUUAUGAACAACAUGAUGAAAAACUACUACCAAGUGAUAAUAUGGAUUUGAAGGAGAGUGGGCAAAUUAUAGAGAAACAGGACAACGUAGGGGCUGAUGGAAAUAUUAAAUCAGAAAGUGGUGGCAACAAAAAUGCAGUGAAGGUGUGCCUACAAACUACACAUUUAGAGGUAACAAGACAAAACGACAUGACUGCUAGAAGUGAUGACAUGAACAAUGAAAAUAUAAAAAAAACACACACUUUGGUUUUGGGGGCAGAAAAUUUGUGCAAACAGGAUGACAUUAGUGAAGUUUAUGAAGGAAAUAAAGAUGAUAAUCUGGACAUGGAAAACUUGGAAAGGCCGUUUGAUGUGGAAACUUCAAUGUCUGAUAAAGACUAUAUCAUUGUGUUUGAAGAGGAUGAAAAACAUGGAAAACAGGAGCUCACACUCAUUAAUAUAAUUGAUGAUUCUGCAAAUGUUAAAACUGAAAAUGAAGAGAAAGAAAGUGAAAUCACAGAACAUUACAAUGAGAACAUGACAAACCAAAAUGCAAUGUUUGAUACUGAGGAAGAAGACGAUGCAAAAGAAUGUAAAGAAUGUCCUGCCUUAUUUACAACUGAUGACUCUGCAAAUGCUAAAUCAGAAAAUGAUGAGAAAGAAAAAGAAAUUCAGAAAGAAGAAAUCAAAAUGACAGAAAAUGAUGAUGACCAAAACCGAGAUCAAGAUAUGACUCCACAAUAUACUUUGGAGGUGGUCGAUGAUGAAAGCAGCACUGAAGAAUCAAAGGAUAUGAAGGAAGAUGAUUUAAAUAAACUACACACUUCUUUGGUUUUGGAAACAGAGCAUGUGAGCAAACAAGACGACAAAAAUGAAGUUCACGAUGGGGAUGAAGAUGAUAUGGUUAUGGCACAAAAUAAUCAAACCAUGGGAAAUCUGGAAAGACUGCCUGACGUGGGAUCUUCGGUCUCUGAUAAAGAUCAUGUCAUUGCGCUGGAAGAGGAUGAAAAACAAGAGCUCACAGUCGCUAAUACAACUGAUGACUCUGCAAAUGUUAAAUCAGAAAAUGAUGAGAAAGAAAAGGAAAUUCAGAAGGAAGAAAUUGAAAUGAAAGAAAAUUAUGAUGACUAUGUAACAAAUCAAAAUGCAAUAUUUGGCACUGCGGAUGGGGACAAUGCUAAAGAAACAUGUCCUGCCCUAAUUUUAGAUCAAGAUAUGACUCCACAAUAUACUUUGGAGGUGGUCGAUGAUGAAAGCAGCACUGAAGAAUCAAAGGAUAUGAAGGAAGAUUAUUUAAAUAAACUACACACUUCUUUGGUUUUGGAAACAGAGCAUGUGAGCAAACAAGACGACAAAAAUGAAGUUCACGAUGGGGAUGAAGAUGAUAUGGUUAUGGCGCAAAAUAAUCAAGACAUGGGAAACCUGGAAAGACUGCCUGACGUGGGAUCUUCAGUCUCUGAUAAAGAUCAUGUCAUUGCGCUGGAAGAGGAUGAAAAACAAGAGCUCACAGUCGCUAAUACAACUGAUGACUCUGCAAAUGUUAAAUCAGAAAAUGAUGAGAAAGAAAAGGAAAUUCAGAAAGAAGAAAUCGAAAUGAAAGAAAAUGAAGAUGACCAAGACGAAGAUAAAGAUAUGACUCCACAGUAUACUUUGGAGGUGGUCGAUGAUGGAAGCAGCACUGAAGAAUCAAAGGAUAUGAAUGAAGAUGAUUUAAAUAAACUACACACUUCUUUGGGUUUGGAAACAGAGAAUAUGAGUAAACAAGAUGGCAAAAAUGAGGAUGAAAAACUUGAAAAACAAGAGCUCACAGCGGCUAAUACAACUGAUGACUCUGCAAAUAUUAAAUCAGAAAAUGAUGAGAAAGAAAAGGAAAUUCAGAAGGAAGAAAUUGAAAUGAAAGAAAAUUAUGAUGACUAUGUAACAAAUCAAAAUGCAAUAUUUGGCACUGUGGAUGGGGACAAUGCUAAAGAAACAUGUCCUGCCCUAAUUUUAGAUCAAGAUAUGACUCCACAGUAUACUUUGGAGGUGAUCGAUGAUGAAAGCAGCACUGAAGAAUCAAAGGAUAUGAAUGAAGAUUAUUUAAAUAAACUACACACUUCUUUGGUUUUGGAAACAGAGCAUGUGAGCAAACAAGACAACAAAAAUGAAGUUCACGAUUGGGAUGAAGAUGAUAUGGUUAUGGCGCAAAAUAAUCAAGACAUGGGAAACCUGGAAAGACUGCCUGACGUGGGAUCUUCAGUCUCUGAUAAAGAUCAUGUCAUUGAACUGGAAGAGGAUGAAAAACAAGAGCUCACAGUCGCUAAUACAACUGAUGACUCUGCAAAUGUUAAAUCAGAAAAUGAUGAGAAAGAAAAGGAAAUUCAGAAAGAAGAAAUCGAAAUGAAAGAAAAUAAAGAUGACCAAGACGAAGAUAAAGAUAUGACUCCACAGUAUACUUUGGAGGUGGUCGAUGAUGGAAGCAGCACUGAAGAAUCAAAGGAUAUGAAUGAAGAUGAUUUAAAUAAACUACACACUUCUUUGGGUUUGGAAACAGAGAAUAUGAGCAAACAAGACGACAAAAAUGAGGAUGAAAAACUUGAAAAACAAGAGCUCACAGCGGCUAAUACAACUGAUGACUCUGCAAAUAUUAAAUCAGAAAAUGAUGAGAAAGAAAGUGAAAUUCAGAAAGAAGACAAUGAAAUUACAGAGCAUUACAAUGAUAAAAUGACAAUGGUUGAUGCUGAGUAUGGAGACAAUGCUAUAGAAACAUGUCCUGCCCUGAAUAUAGAUCAAGAUAUGAGUCAACCAUAUGGUAAAAGCAGCACUGAAGAAUCAAAGGAUAUGAAUGAUGAUGAUUUAAAUAAACUACACAUUUUUGGGGGUUUGGAAACAGAAACUUUGAACAUAUUAGGCAAUCAAGAUGAGUAUAGUAAAGAACAGGUCACAGAUGGAUGUGUCAUUUUACAAGAGGUUGAGCCAUCUACAAGCAAACAGGAGUACACAGCUGCCAAUGGAAGUGAGGAAUCAUAUGAUAACAGAGAAAAUAAGAAGUCUGGCAAAAUGGAACAAGACAUUUUUGAAAAAGAAUGUAACAACAGUGAUCUCAAUUCAAAAGUUAUAACAUCAAAUAUGGAAGAUGCAGCAAAUGUGGGUCUAGAAACAGUUUCUAGAUAUGACUUAGAUUUGGAAGGAAUUUUGUCUAUAGCUGAUCUUGCCCCCAGUGAAAUGGACCGCUCCAUGGGAAAGUUUUGUGUUACAAUCAAAAAUGAAGGAGGGCCUACACAGGAACAGGCUAUUGCAUUUAAAAAUAUUCCCCCGGGUGAGGGCGAAGGGCAAGAGCGUCCAUAUUCAUAUAAGGAAAGCAGAGAGGAAGUUCCUGACUACAACAAUGAGUCUGACAAUGGAAGUGCUACACAAAGGUUCCUGGAAGUAGGAAAUUGCAGGGAAAAUCACACCACCCUAUUACAAGAAGAGGUGGUGAGUGGAGCUGUAAUACGCCUUCAAAACAGUGGCACUAACGAAGGAGAGGAGACUUUAGAAGAUCUUAUGGCAACAGAGCUCAUCAAGAACAGUUUGGAGGAGCAUAUCGCAGAGAACACCCAACUACCAGAUAACCUUAUGAAGACUGCAAGUGAAUACACAAACUUUGAGACCAAUUUUAUCUCAGAAGAUGUGGAGGAGAAAGAAGAUCUAAAAGAAGCUGAAAGGGAGAUUGGAUUUGAAAUGGGGAAAGGUUUAUGUGAUACUGACACAGCUGAUGACGGCCUGGAAAUCCAAACUCAAUUUCAGACUUGUAUUUUUUUGGAUCAAAAUAAAUGCAACAUACAGACAAUGGAAAGAUCAUUUGUAGAGAAUCAAACUACAAGGGUGGACCUUUCGGCUGUAGAAGACUUGUUUACAUUUGAGGAACAAGACACAACGGUGAAAACAAUAACUAAUGGCUCCAGUGAAUCUGUGAAAUCAGGAUCUGCAGAUGAAGAUGUACAUGAACACUGUACAACUGUGUCAAAUGACAAUGUAAUACCUGAUGUUGUCCACCAUGAAAUCUCACCAAACGCAUUAUCAGUCGAAGAUGAACACCCAAAAUGUGUGGUAGAGCAGCAGAUAUUUGAUGAUGUGAUUGAGAAUGAAAUUCUUGAUUUGCGGAUACAGCACACUUCAAUUGAAAGCUCCAAAGUGCGUGAAGGGGACCAAGGCCAUGAGGACAGUAAAUGCGACGUUCCAGAAGAAGAGAAAGUAGAGUCAAUUCCUGAAUUAAGCAUAACGUGUGACGUCAAUGUUUCUUUAUCUACAACGGAGUCAGAUUUUUUUGACCUGUCUAUGGACAUGGGGGCAAUGCAACACGACUGCAGUAAAGAGGAACAGGAAUUACUAAAAGAAGAGCAAAUUAUUAAUGUAACUUGUGCAUUAAAUAAAUCUGAGGACUUAAAAGAAAGUUCUAUAGCACAGCUUGAGUUAGAAACACCAUGGAGAGAAGAUAUGGGCACAACACCAAAAAGCAGAAAUGUUGAAGAAGAGGAAGCUAUAACAUCACAAAAUACUGACAGUAUAAUGUCUGUGUCAACUACUGUAAUGCAAGAUAAUAGUCCAUUUUCAAUUCCGACAGAUGUUAAGCCAUUUACAACAUCAGGAAUGCUUUCUGAACCAGACACAUUGUCAAAGGAUCAAUCUGACUCUUUAAGUGAAGUAAAAAAUACAAUUGACACUACUGAUACAUCCGAAAUCGAAGUAUAUCCAUUUCUUUUACAAGACAAGUCAGAAGUGGAAGCAUUGCAAGACUUUGAAGAGAGUGGAUUGGAACAUAUCAAUAAGGUAAAUGUAAGUGAGUUUGACUUUACUCCACAAAAAUCAAGAAUUGCUGUAAAAAAUCCAAGAGUGAGACCACCUAAAGAUUUCCGUUCACUGUUGCAUAAACCGUCACUUGAGCCUUCACCAUCUAAACCUCUGGCAUCAUGUGUUCCUGCUGGUGUUCCUAUUGGCAGCUUGGGUAUCGGGAUUAAAUUACCAGGCAUUGGAACUGGCUUCCCUGUUUUAAAAAAGACAAAGAAAACAAUAGAAGAGGAAACCAAAACAACUAUUCAGGAAACAAAACCAAUGUUGGAGGAUGGAGAUAACCUCAAGCCCGAGGACUCACAACAAAGACCUAAAUGGAUGCCUCCAAGUCGCCCAGGUUUUGGAAAUCCAUUGAUGUCUGAACUCAAAAGCAAGCUGAAGAAAACAAUGAAAGAGUAAAUGUAUAUAGACCUACAUUUUAAAAUCUGUAUGUUAUGUACAAUUUAAAAUGUGAAAAAUAUGUAUUUUGUAAAUUGUAUAAUUAAUAAUUGUAGCUGUUUAAUUUGUUAUGUUGUUGAAAAGAUAAAUACUACAUUUGUAGGUGA